CCUGAAUGAAGGGCAUUGCCAUACUUCCCGACAUAAUACAAUGUGCAAACCCAAAGCCCUUAAAGGUUCCCUUGGUACACGGGGCUCACCACACCACCGUCACGACGCACCCUCUCUUCGCCCCCAGCCCGGGUUGUCUCUCCUGGUUGAGAGAGAGAGAGAGAGAGAGAAGUUCUCAAAAAUCGAUAUGAUUAACGCUAGUUUAGCAUGAUAUCGUUCUGCAGGAAGAGUAAAAUGCGUCAGUUGUGAGCUGAAGUGAGACUCGUUGACGUCCCUCGUAACUGCUCUCUCGCUCUCCGAAUUUCAACAUUGGAUUCUCCAACAACCCCGUGUGUCCUGUUUACUAAUACAACCACCACCACCACCGCCGGUCUCCCGUGCUCCCUUCUCUCUCACUCACUCACUUUCUCCGGGCAUCUACUACUCCGCUCUCGGUGAGCACACUGCACCACUUCCCCAAAGAAGUUACUUACUCGUCUUGAGGAGGAAGGAAUUGAGGAAAUACCAACACGCCGUCCCCAGUCGCAAUCUCAAUCUCAUCUCAAUACUCGUCUCUCUCCUCUUUAAGACCCAUUACUCCGCUCCAGACGCUGCAGCCGAGAUAGAGAGAGAGCAUUAGUGUGAAGGAGUCAACACGACCCUCAACCACGUACAUCAGUUAGUAUUGGCAUGUAUAUUCAGCCCAAAUCCAAGCGAGGAUCCCGUUUGGGUGAAAGUUGGAAUUGAUUUGAUUUGAUAUUCUUCCUCCUCCACGAAUACUACGAAGCCGACCAAACUCACCACACCACCACCGCCACCACUAACUGCUAAUACACUUUGGAAGGAACUGCAUAGAUCCAACUUUUACCCACCCUCCAACAAAUUCGGCAAGCAUUGCAUUCCCUUCGCACCCAGAGAGUACAAGUCACAAGAGCUCUGUCGUGCGACAAGUUUUCUCCUUCAUUCCGCCUCGAGAACCUCUUCUCCCGUUUGUGUGCAUACCAGGUCCUGCUGGCUGGCUCACUUUCACCAGACGACGACCAUAAGAUGGUCACAUUUGUUUGCACUCGAAAGUUUGAAUUAGUUGAAAAUCUUCUCUAAAGAACAAAACUCAAAACUUGCACCCUCCGCGCACAGUUACUUUCCCACUGAAAUAUAGCUUUAAGUAUGCUGUAGAGACUUCGUUUCGUGGCUGAAGUCUCAUUCUCAAGAAAAGGUUUAUUGAUUGCUCCUGCUUCGAAUCCAAGUAUAAACCAUACAUUUAUAUUAUUCAUUGCAAUCAAUCAUCGAGACGAGGCAGUUGACAGGACAUAAGUACAUGUAGUGAAAUGUUGGUUCUGAAUGAGGGAAUAAAAAUAAAUCUACAAUUAAUACGAGAUUUUGCGAGACUCUGCCUCUCUUUGCAGUUUAAAUUAAACUAAGACUGUGAUAAAUCAAGGGGAAAGUGGAUAAGAAGAUGGAGUAAACCAACUGAAGGAAUCUCAUCUCUGUCUCAUCGAUAGGAGAUGGAUAAUAGAUCGUUUUCUUUGUGAGAGGGAAAGGAACAAGAAAAAAUCCCUGGUGGAGGAGACGGCUCAGUCAGUAUCAGCUCAUAAGAAGGAAAGGAAGGGAAAGAAAGUGGUCCGGAGGAUUGGAUCUGCCGUCUUGUCCGUGUAAAAACAUCUUGGUUUGAGACGAUCCAAAGGAAGCAAAGUCGUGGAAAGUUGACUUGUGCGGUUUCCUUUGGUUGGUUGGUUAGACUUCCCACUUAAGGCUUGAACUCAGCCCUCUCAUCUCAUCCUUCUAACCGACACUAACACAACGACUUAUACUUUCUCCGUCUCCUUCUGCCUCUAACUGGGCAUAAUAGUUGCUACUUGAUACCCAACUCACCCACACACUCAUACCUCGUCGACUACUUCUUCUUCUCCUCUGCGAGACUCCUCCAUCGGAAGGUUGCCAGCAGAGCGGACUGAAUUUGACCAAGAAUUGAGCGACUUUCACUUCACUCUCUCUCUCUUUUACCCGAAUACAUACCAUCACCACCACCACCACCACUACCAGUACGGACCCGUUCUGUAGAAACUUGGUUAUUGUGGGUAUAAUCUCAUCCUCCUUUCUUCACACAAGUCCUUCUCUCCCUUCCACUGAAUUUGAAGACGAUCUAAUCCGCAGAUCCAUCUAUAUCCAUCUCCCUGUGCUUAGAGGGGCAUAGGAGGAGAGCAGCUAUCUCUAUGGUCUUCACGGCCCUGGCCUGAUCUCGUCCAGCUUUCCCAGAACCUCUCAACUCACAAAAACUUGUCAUCCUUGCCACUUAAAGUGAAACUAAAACGAGGAGAGCUGUCUUCAACGUCAACUCUGAAUCUGAGAAGGAAGGGAUGAUGUACCCAUUCUUUCUCUUUUUCUAAAUUUAGCUCUCUCUUUUUCCACUACAAGAACCACACUACUAAAUAAUCUCGAGCCAAUAGAGCCGAGCCAAUAGAACCUUUAUUAUUUUGUGUGGUUUGGCAGAGGAGUCAAAUCUUGUGAAGGAGAAAGUCAAAAGUCCGAGAGUUGAGGAAAUUGAGGACCAUUGGUUUCUAGUCGACAUUGACACGAUAGGAAAUUGUGGUGGAAAGUGAAUGUGGCUGUCAAAUUGCCAAAAACUACAAAAAUAUUUUGAGAGACAAGGGAAGGAGAGGUUGCAAAGAGUGUUUUGCUUUUCUAGUGUGCAUGCCCCAGUGUUUCCUCUCCUUUCUUUUGAGCAGUGACCUGGAAAAUAACAAAAAGUUUGCUGAAUCAUUCAAUUUCAUUGUGAAGAAUGAAAUAAAUCAUGUCUCAAACAUUUGCACAUGGUGAUGAUAACCUUUUAACAUGCGGGUGGGUGGAUGAAGAGCAAAAAAUGGAAUACAUCGGCUACUGCUUUGUGGAUUAAUAAACCUGAACCGACGACGGCAGAGUAAUAAUAAUACAGGUUGCAUAGCCAUACUUUGGUCAGUAUCGACUUUCUCCCUCCCUCUCAUCCCGUCCUGCAGUAAUUGACGUACACAAUCGUUCAGCGGUCCCUGCCAGCCGGACAACAUAAAGUUUCCAGGAACUGGUGACGAGCAGCAACGGAAGUGAGUGGGCGUGUACACAUACACAAACACAACAUCAACUGCAACAACCGAAUGCUAAAGAGUAAAUCCCAAUAGAACCACUGAGACACGGAACUUUGAAGUAGAAUUACUACAAUCAAGGCCACACGAUGAGGGGGAUGAACGGUUCUUCUGGAGCAUCGCCCGAGAGGGGGUAUUCUGGGAUUCCAGCCCAAGUGGGUCCUCCGAUGGGGGGAGGACCUGGUGGAAACGCAGCUGCUCCCAGCCUUCACAGUCAGGCAGCCGCUGCUGCUGCCGGUCUCGGUGGUCCCGAAUUAAAGCACCACGCCGACUUCUUGUCCCGACUCUUGGCAGCCACACCCUCCUAUUUGAGCGAGAUGGGGAACCCACCUCCAGGAUUUUUCUCCGACUGGCUCCGCAGACUGGUUUCCAAACCUGGCGGAACUUCACAAAGUUCUCUGUUGACCUUUCCUGGACAGCCCCCGGAAGCAGAGAACAGCGGCAGAUCCGCCGCGCCUUCGAAUCCUCCUGACACUCAGCAGGUCUCAUCCAAACGCAGGAAACGCUCUCGUCUGAAUGAUCGCCACGCAGAACAUCCGAACUUGGGAUCCUCCACUGUGAGCGUAUCAGGAACUUCUGCUGGUGGUGGAGCGGACCCCCCUGAUCGACCCACCUCUGGACCCGGCCACCAUCACCAUCAUCAUCACCACCCCCAACUACACUCAUCCUCUAGUUCCCUCGUUUCAGGGGGGCCCAUGACCUCGUCGGCCUCUUCGCCCCCCUCGUCCGCAGCAGCAGCAGUUGCAGCACACCAACAACAACAACAACAACAGGCCGCGGCGGCUGCGGCGGCAUCGUUCCCUUCUUUAGGUGCAUACCCAUUUUGGUUCUUCCCUCCCUUCCUCCCAAAUCCCUAUGGGAUGAACAUGGGGAUAAACUUUCCCAGUCACCCACCAACAGCGUCUUCUUCUUCCGGUGGACUAUCUGCGGCAGCUCAAGCUCAAGCGGCCGCAAUCUCUUCGUAUCUCGGUGGUGCAUCUCCCUCGGAUCUCUUUCGAACAGACAAUCUCAAUCUACUCAGUGGGAGCAUCACGUCCGCCGGUGGUGGGCGAGGUGGAGGGUCAGCACACAGUCCCCACUCCAUGUCACACCCCUUUCCACCACCUCCUCCGCUGGGGGCAAUGGAUCAUCACCAUCAUGCACAACACCACCUCGGAUCCAAACUUUCAAAUUCCUCUUCAGGGAACAAGCAAGGGAAGGAGUCCUCGUCUGCCCGGUCACCUUCUGGUGGUGGAUUGAAGGACAAUUCGACGUCAUCAUCAUUUCUGGCGGCGGCUGCAGCGGCAGCAUCCGCUUCUUUCUUGUUGGGUGGGAAUGGUGGGUCAGCGUCACUUGGGAACCUGCCCUCCGCCAAACAGCACAAUAACCAGCUCCCUUCACCCUCCUCCUCGUCCUCCUCUCAUUACAACGUGAGCAGUAAUAAUCAUAAUGGGGUGCAUCACAAGAUGACGACGAAAUCUCCUCCAGGAGGUAGCCACCAUAGCACAAAGGGUAAUAACAAUAAGUCUAGUUUCUCCAUUUCGAGGCUUACGUCUCCUUCUCCGUCGAGCAACAGCAGUGGAGGAAGUUGUAGUGGGAGCAAUGUGGGCAAUUCCAAGUUCCACGGGGGACAUCACCAGUCACAUCGGAGCAGUUCGUCGUCAUACGAAGACGUAAAACCUCAUGGACCGCAACAACAACAGAUCCCAUUCAGUGUUUACAACAGCAGCAAACCGGAGGAAAGUAGUGUCCUCAAAUCUAAUCUAAAUUCUGGGCCAAAAAUGCACAAAGACUUGCCCAACCCAAAUAGCUCCUCCUCAAAUGAUGCUGGGCUCUGUGUUGAUUUACGAGUUGUUCCACCGCCUCGGUCGAUGUACACACAAUUGUCAGCUUUUCGUGACCCUGCUGAAAAUCUCUACAAUUCAUCUCAAGCUCCGAGGUAUCAUCAGACAACAACUGGUGUGAUUUCCGACACUUUCCCUACACCAUCCUCACAACCCCAGCCGAAUCUUCCCUCACAUCCACUCGGACUUUUACAUCACAAGACACAGCAGCUACAACAACAUGGUGGAUAUUCUGGAGUCCCUUUGCCACAUUCUGCGUCGUCUACUGCUGCAAAUGCCCUUUUGCUAAAUGCAAUGGUUGCAGCCAACAACAACAACUCUUCAACUGGAAAAAACUUAACUUCCACAAAAUAUGUCCUCAGAAAUAUCCAGCACAUUUAUCAACGCCUUCGUUCUUCUUCUCCGGCUUCCACCAAAGCCAGCACCACCACGACGAGUCCAAACCCCAACCAAAUUACUACUACAAGUCAUCCCAUUAAUAAUCAUCACUCUCCUCCAGCCAGCAACAUCAAAUCCAGGUCUCCGCCGUCUGGACAAAGCGCUAUCAAUCAUCAUCAUCAUCAGCCUCUGCAUUCUGAUAACAAAAACAACACUUUGCACCACAAUAAGUCCAAGAAAACAAAUAGAGAUUCUCCCAUCUCGGAGCAGAAUAAUGCCACCACUAACACCCCCAUCAUCACAAACACCACCAGCAAUGGCAAUACUCGGGCGGAUUCCGAGAGCGAGGAUAAUAAUAUUAUCCCAGACUCACGACCUCAUUCUUCUUCAUCUUCCACUCUGGAUGACGAUGACUUCAAGCCUGAGGCAGAACUUAAAAUGGCAAUGAAGGAUAAUACGCUUAACCUAACGCUAAACAAUAAUGUGGAGAAAGGAAAUGAAAUCGACGUCGAACUUUCCCCAAAACCAAGACCGGUCAAGCACAAACCAACGGAGGAUUCUUCUCCUCUGGACAAGAAGAAAGCCAAGAGAAAGUCGUCGGAAUUCACCACAACUGGCAUUCGACUGCCCUCAACCAAAAAGAGAAAGUCGAGCUUCUCCAGUGGAAGCAGCAUAAGUGGCAGUGAAAAGCCGCAGCAGGAUGAAGAGGAGGAGGACGAGGACGAUGCGAAGGAUGUGGAGAAGAAAAAUAAAGAGCCGAUGCAAGUGGACAAUCCGUACAUUUUUAUUGAUAGCGAGGAUCCAAAGGACACAUCUGCCGUUAGUAAACCACCAAAGUCAAAGAAAAUCAAGAAGGAAAACAACAAUGAGAUUGAGACGGGUGAGCAACUAUCCGCCCAGCAGAGCAAAAAGCAGAUUAAAACCUCAAUUGCUAAAGUAAAAAGUGAGACUAAUAAUUAUGAGGAAAGGGAGAACAUGGUCGAGGAGGAGGACGAUGAAGGCAGUGAAAUGCUGAACGUUGUGUCUGAACCAGACACCGAAGAGCAGGCACAAGAGUGCUAAUUAAUUUUUAUUCCAAGGAUCCCAUUCUCAUUUUUCCAAUUUGUAAGUUAUAUAGGCGUUACAGUCGUCGAGGGGAAAAUUUUCCAGAUUUUAAUUACACGGAAACCAUCCAGUGUACUGUGCAUGCUGAUUUUUACGUAUGCAUAAUAACUAUACAAAUAAUUAAAGAUUGGAGGAAUUUUUAUUAAGGUUUAUUUGUGAAAAAAUUUGUAUACAUGCGUACAAAACAUAAAUGCAGACACCAAUAAUGCAAGUAAUAACCAUAAAUAUUGCUAAGUAUAAACUCUUUUUGGUCAGAUACAAAUAUAUGACUCAUAAUAAUAAUCAGUAUUAUUAGAUCAAUAUCAAACGGAGAGCCAAAAUGGCAGCUAUUGUGUUUUACUACAAAUACAAACAAUCUCGUGUCCUGCAAGUAUUUAAGCUAAUUUUUCUCAUGCUAAUGCCAUGAGAUAAAUAUUCAACCACAAAUCACACUAAAUACUUAUGUAUCAACAUGGGAUUAAUACAAAGAAUUCAUUUUUGUGAAAUGAUAACAGCUAAACCAACCUAACAGUAUGUAGAUUAGAAUGUGACAAACUUCUUUACAUAUAAAAAAUACAUAAUAAACUCAAUCUAAUCAUAGAGCUAGUCAAAAUAAAGUUCAAUUAUAAAAAUUGUGUAUGUAUUACUCACAUUUGCAUUCCUUUAAUGAAUAAAUAUGUAUGAAAUAAUGUCAAAUAAUAAUUUAUGUAAUGUAGCAAAUGCGUCAUGUACAACAUACAUAACUUUGCAUGUGGUUUUACAUAAAUAAAAGAUAAGUCUGCAAGUUAUACAACAUGUCAUACACACAAAGGACAAGUUCCCGUAUUACAUAAUUAUGUAAGCUUAAAGUUCCAAACCGAAUCAUUCAAUGUAAAUAUACUUACAUGUAUAAAUAUGUAUUACAACAUUUUUUAAUUCCCAAGUCAGAUACCUCAACAUUCUUGUGCACAUGCAAAGUCACCAGGAAAAUAAAUUAACUGGUAAAAAUAAUUGUAUAUACUAAAUACGUGUUUUAUGAUUGGUCAAGUAUGUUUGGAUAUGCUGGUAAAUUAGUCGCUAGAAAUAUAGUUCUAAUGCAGUCUAGUCUUUAAGUAAAUUUGAAACAUAUGAAAAACAUGCAGCCGUAAGAGUUACUGUACAUCCUUGAAUCAUUAAAUUGUAAAUGUGAAGUAAAACAACAAUAAAACUUCUGAAUAUAUGUGAUAAUCAA